CCAUCCAUGGGCGUGAAAUUGUAAAGAUUUCUUCAUCUUGUUUAAUACGCACUCUCGUUUGUUUAACUUGAAAGCGAUAAUUCAAUGCUUCUCGCUGGGAGAAUUAAUCGUUUCAGACCGUUGCGCCCGCUUCACGACUCCACAAGUCACAGGUCUUAAGUCUUCAAGGUAAACACUAAAAGUCUGCAUAAAUGAAUGGCUGGAAAAAUUAGUUGAGUAACGUUACACCAAUUCAAGGAAGAUACACCUCCUGGUGGUUGAGGAAGUCUCUGAGAAGUUUCUUUUGCAAGUGAAAUUUGGUUUGAAGAUUGAUCCUCUUCCUUUGUUUUAAUUUGUUGGUUGAGUUUGGUGAAAGGAAAGUAAAUGGACAUUGCAGAAGAGACCAACAAAGCUGAUAUAGAAAAUAUGGAUAGUAUUGAAGCUACCAGACAGUACUUGAAAUCUAGCUUAGAAAUUUCAGCUGCUAUUGCUUCUGCAUUGGAUGAUUCUGGUUCAAGAUUGAAGAUACUUACCCAAAAAUGCCAAUUCUUGGAGGCUUCACUCAGACCUAUCUCUGCAGAAAACUUGUCAUGUCUUGAUAUUGGAAGCCGGAUUAACGGUGUUCUAUGUUCUGCUGCUGCUGUCCUCAAGGUGUUUGAUGCAAUUCAUCCUCUAGAAAAUUCACUCCUGACUGACCCCAGUUCUGAUCUUUGUACUUACAUCUCAGAUACAAAGAAGCUUGAAGAAGCCCUCAAGCUUCUCACUGAUAAUUGCAUGCUAGCAGAAGGGUGGUUGCAGGAAAUUUUUGAGUUGUUGCAAGACAAGGCUGUCAUCUCUAAUGAGAUUUGCUUAUUAAAUGUGAAAAAAUCUCUGAGAAUAUUACAAGAAUUGCAGGCUAUGGAGGAAGGUGCUCGCCUUAAUGGAGGCCUUCUCAGUACAGCUUUUGACAAAUUAGAGAUUGAGUUCAAGAGGCUUCUGAUAGCAAACUCAGUUCCUCUGCCUUUGUCUCCGUUGACAUCAUCCAUUAACCAGCAAGCAACCAUUCCAGCUUUGCCAGAUUCUCUCACUGGGAAAUUACAGGCCAUUAUAGAGAGACUACAAGCUAAUGGCAGGCUAGACAAGUGUAAAUCAAUAUAUGUUGAAGUUCGAGGAAUGAACGCUCGAAGAAGCUUGCAGGCUUUAGAUUUGAGCUAUCUGGAGAUUCCAAGAGCUAAAUUUGAGGAUAUUCAUAGCAUAGAGAGUUACAUAGAACAAUGGGGAAGGCAUCUGACGUUGGUAGCAAAUCACCUGCUUGAGAUGGAGUGCAGGUUCUCCAGUAAAAUCUUCGAGAAAAUAGGCGCAGAAGCAUGGAAGGGAUGUUUUGCUAAGAUUGCCAUCAAGUCAAAAAUUGUUUCUUUCCUUCAAUUUGGAAUAAAUGUCACUGGGAGCAAAACUGACCCUAUCAAGUUGUUGAAGCUGCUGGAGAUUUUCAGUGUCUUGAAUGAUCUAAGACUAAAAUUUAACCAGCUUUUCAGUGGGGAUGCUUGUGAAGAAAUCAGAAAUGUGACAAAGGAUCUUAUCCGCAGAGUCAUUAAUGGUGCUUGUGAGAUAUUCUGGCAGCUUCCUGCACAAGUGAAGUUGCAGAGGCCAAGUUCUCCUCCCUCUGAUGGCAGUGUUCCUCGACUCGUAAGUUUCGUCACUGAUUACUGCAACGAGCUACUUGGAGAUACUUACAGGCCACUUCUGACACAGGUUCUCGAAAUUCAUCUAAGUUGGAGAAAUGAAGCAUAUGAAGAGAGCAUCAUAUUCACCCAAGUUUUUAGCAUAGUCAAGGAGAUUGCAGUUAAUUUAGACUCAUGGUCCAAGUCCUAUGAAGAUAUCACCUUAUCUUACCUCUUCAUGAUGAAUAAUCAUUGCCAUCUCCACAACUUGAGGGACACUAUGCUUGGGAACAUGAUGGGAGAUUCAUGGUUAAAAGCACAUGAGCAAUAUAAAGACUAUUAUGCUGCUCUUUAUCUGAAAGAUACAUGGGGAAAGCUUUUACCUAUUCUUAAUAAAAAGGAUUUACUUUCAGUUUCAGUUUCAUCCUCUGAUACGCCUAAGAGACUGAACGCUUUCAAUGUGGCAUUUGAUGAAAUGUGUAAAAGGCAAUCAAGUUGGGUAAUAUCUGAUGAAACCUUGAGGGAGAAAUUGAGGAAGCAAAUAGUUGAAGGGAUUGUGCCAAGCUAUAGAAGCUUCAUGAAGAACUACAGUUUAACAAUGGAGAACGAUGAAAAAGCCGUAAAGAGUAUAAAGUACACAGAGCCGAAUUUGGAGAAGAUGCUUUGGUCCUUGUUUGAGCUGAAGAUGAGCAAGUAUGGAAGCAUGAAGCAAGUACAGUUUAUAAGUAAAAUAAAAAAAAUGAGUGCUCAAUUGUUCACUCUAGCUACUACUGUGUAAUUGUAAAAUCAUUACUGGGUAUGCCAAUUUCAAUUUACUUAGGAAUAUGAAUGUGGUGAGUAGCAUAUUUAGAAAGUGGGAAAAUAACUGACUUCCAAAGUGGAAUGGAGGCAGAUUACAUGAUUCUUAGGAAGCUCCUGUUAAUUGUAAACCUUUUUUAACUCAUGAUUUGUGUAGUUAAAGUUUAGCUCU